UUACAGUUGUGAAGCAAUGGCAGACUAGAGUCCAAAUUGGCCUGGCUCCCGGCCUGGCUGUCUUCUUUUUAUCUCCAGUCAAAAAUUCCAGCCCAUGGGUACUUUUCUCAUUUUAAAUCAAGCUGGAAAAGCGGGCUCCAGCUGUUACAGAACUGCAGGCUUUUACAGAAGCAGAAGCAAGCGUUAGUUUCCAGGUCCCAGUAAGUCAAGUUUCUACAAAUUUCUAAGAGCUGAGUUACCACAGGGAGGAUCUUGCAGGUGUGUACUUGAGGUCUCCUUGAGAAGACCUCUGUUUUCUUAGACCUCACUUUUUCUGGGUAUCUGCUCUAUUAUAACUAAAGGCGAAAGGUAAGAUCCUAUGAGGGAAAGCCUUACCGCCUAAUUUAUUUAAGCGGGACUGAGCUUGGUGGAUAGUCUUUUAGUGUGGACAAGGCCGCAGGCCCAGGGAGCUGGAGACUCCCAAGCUGGGUCCUCCAGCUCCUGAGGGAAGAGAGCAUGUCGGCUGCAGGGGGCCAGGUGGGGACCAGAGAGGAGAAGGUCAGGGAAGUCUACGCUCUGUGGUCAGACGAUCAGUAUCUCACGUGCACGACUGCCCCUCUUCCUCUGCAGACUUAGAACCCGAGGCGGCACCCCACCCCACACAUGCGGCCUCCAAUAAAAGUGCGAGGUCACUGAAGCUGUUGCCUCGAGUUCACUCCUUGGUCCUGGUAUCUAUCACCCCCGCUGAGGCCCUUCCUCGCGCCGGAGCUGAAGGAACGCGGGCCCAGCCAGAGCCCUGGGGGCAAGUGUCGCGUGCAGAUAUGUCCGGGGUCCCGCGCAGUCAGCAACUGCAGAGGCCUCGCCGCGGAGCUGUGGUUGGAGAGGGCGGCCGAGAACUACACGUCCCAUCGUGCCUAGCGACCACUUCCGGGUCUCGGCGGCGUCCGGGCGGCGCGGCCGUGGCCUGGGAAUUCCGCCAUGCUGCGCAUGCUGAGCGGCCUGGGCGUGCGGCCCCCGUGCCGGCCCCUAGUCCUGCGGCUGUUGCCGGCGCGCGGCCGCAAGACCCGCCACGACCCGCCAGCCAAGUCUAAGGUCGGGCGCGUGAAGACGCCGCCCUUGGUGGACCCUGCGGAGUACUUAGUGCUGAUGCAGCGGUACCAGCAGUACCGCCAGACCGUGCGCGCCCUCAGGCAGGAGUUCGUGUCCGAGGUGCGGAAGAAGGUGCAUGAGGCCCGAGCCGGGGUCCUAGCGGAGCGCAAGGCCCUGCAGGACGCCGCCGAUCACCAGGAUCUGAUGGCCUGGAACCAGGCGGAGAACCAGCGUCUGCAGAAGUUACGGAUAGAGAGGCUGUGGCGGGAGGCGCAGGAGCAGGAGCAGCGGCGGGCCGAGGAGCAGGACCGCCAGACCCAAGAGGCGAAGGCCUGGGUGCAGCUCAAGGAGCGAGAAGUGCUGCAGCUGCAGGAGGAGGCAAAAACCUUCAUCACUCGAGAGAACCUGGAGGCACGGGUGGAAGAAGCAUUGGACUCCCAGAAGAGCUACAACUGGGCUAUCACCAAAGAGGGGCUGGUGGUCAGGCCACAGCACAAGGGAUCCUAGGGGCCCAGCAAGGACAGUACCCAUCCAGGGACCAUGUAUUUAUGGAGAGUAGAGUAGGACAGUUGGAAUAAAGCAGUUGGUGCUUCUUACAAGGAAGGCUUAAGUGUUUCCAGCAUGGCCCUCACAGUCUAGCCUCUGCACCAAUCACUUGAUCAGAACCCGCCUGUAUGGCCUCAGCAUAGCACCAGGUGCUAGAGUGGCUUCCACUUCAUAGAUCAGACUGGGCCACAGCCUCUGUGAGGCUGCCAAGUUAUGUCCUACGUACCAUCACAGACCAGAUGUGGCCUACUGCCUAUUUAUGUUAUGGGGUUUUAUUGCUGCUGUUACUGCCCUGGGUAGGGUGUCAUGGCAUCAUCAUAGCUCACAGCAACCUCAAACUCUUGGGCUCAGGUAAUCCUCUUGCCUCAGCCUCCCAAGUAGGUUGGACUACAGGUACCCACCUCAAUGUCCAGCUGGUUAUUUUGUGUUUUUGGUAGAGAUGGAGUCUUGCUCUUGCUCAGGCUGGCCUCAAACUCUUGAGCUCAAGCAAUCCACCCACCUUGGCCUCCCAAAAGUGCUAGGAGUACAGAUGUGAGCCACCUUGCCCAGCCUUGUUUUUGUAAAUAAAGUUUUAUUAGAA